AUGACACUCACGACGCAAGAAGCCAGCCGGCGAAAACUCGCCGACCUCAACGCCCUCGUCUCGGACGCCGAGGCCCUCCUCGGCCCGGCUCCGGCCGGGGACAAGGCAAUCCUGUCCGCGAAAACCGCCGACAUCGUAGCCAACAUCAAGGCGCGCAAGGAGGGCUGGUCGUCUGAGGCCGUAACUGCUGCCUUCAUCCGCGCCGCCUGCGCCGCGCACAGGAAGACCAACUGUCUCACUGAGGCCCUCGAAGCCGCCCGCGCCGUGGAUAAGGAACUCGCGACGGGCGUGGAUGCGAGCAAGCUGGGUCCUUUCUACGGCCUGCCCUCCAGUUUCAAGGGCCUCAGCCUCUCUCUUAGACCCAGGUCGGACGUUUCUGUAGCUGGCAAAGGAGCGUGGUUAGCUAACCCCCAGCUCGUCAAGCUCUUCCGCGCCGGCGGCGGCAUCCCCUUCUGCAAGACUGGCGUGCCCCAGACCCUGCUCGCUUUCGAAUGCUCCAACCCCGUCUUCGGUACGACGACCAACCCCUAUGACUCGUCGCGUACCUGCGGCGGAUCCUCGGGUGGCGAGGCGGCCCUCGUCACGCUGCGCGGAACCCCAGUCGGCUGGGGAAGCGACAUCGGCGGCUCGCUCCGCAUCCCGGCGCUGUACUCUGGCUGCUGUGGCCUGAAACCGACCGUGGGUCGGUGGGCUCUGCUGGGCAACCGCCCCGUAGUUCGAGGGCAGGAGAGUAUUCUGCCCACCACGGGCCCGAUGGCGUCCAACGUCGACGAUCUGAUCUACGCGAGCAAGGCAAUGAUGGACCUGACGACCCGCGCGCUGGAAGACGGCAAGAUGGCAGCCGAGGGUCUCCUCCCCAUCCCCUGGCGCGAGAAGACGCUGCCCAAGCGCAUGAAGGUCGGAUACUACCGCGAGACGGGGGUGGUGCGCACGUCGCCCGCCCUCCUCCGUGCUCUGGACAUUACUAUCGCCAAGCUCCGCGCCGAGGGCCACGAGGUGGUCGAGUGGGACCCGCCGGCUCUGUGGAAGGUGUUCGAGGUGUUCGCGGCACUGACGAGCGCCGACGGGUACAGGCAGCUGUUGGCCAACAUUGGCCCGGAUCCCAAGGAACCCUCCCUCGCGCUCGUGACGGCGGGCUCGUCCGUGCCCCGCUGGCUCCUGUCUCUCGCAACGAGCCUAGUCAAGAAUGUCCUCGGCGACGAGACGUUCGCGCACGUCAUGGCCACUAGUCAUGCCAAGUCCGCCUCAGAGUUGUUCGAAUGGGUCGCCCAGCGCAACAAGCUGAACAAGGAAUUCAAGACGAAAGCCUGGGAGCAGCAAGGCUUCGACUUUGUCCUGGGCCCGCCGCAGGCCGUUCCGGCCCUGGAGCAUGGGCGGACCAAGAUGCUCUCCCCGCUGUGUAUUGGCACCUGUGUCUGGAACGUGCUCGAUACCACUGCUGGCGUGAUUCCCGUUACGAGGGUGAGGAAAGACUUGGACGCAGUGCCUGAGGGAUGGCUGGAGAUUGGGGAGGGGGAGGCGAGGAGCUCGAUUCUCGAAAAGAGGGUCUAUGGCGGCUCGGAUCCCGCCUACGAUGCGGGCAAGAUGGAGGGACUGCCCGUUGGCGUGCAGAUUGUGGGACGGCAGUGGGAUGAGGAGGGCGUGCUGGCUGCUAUGAAGCUGGUUGAGGGGCUUGUCGAUUAUCAGUAG